AUGCUGCCAAUCCUAUCCAACAGGAAUGGCCGCUCCACUACAAUACGCCGUGGUGUACUACCACUGGCCAACACUGCCAUGUUUUCCACCUUCAACGGGAACCCUCGUGUCUUCGCACCCAGAGGUCUGCAAGUUCGCCAUCUCAACUUGCAUGAGCAUCAAUCGCUCGACGUUUUUGAAAAGUACGGAGUUUGCGUACCGCAUGGGUAUGAUGCUAAGACUCCCGAAGAGGCUGAACAAUUCGCCAAGGCAUUGGGUGGUGGGGAUGUGGUCGUUAAAGCUCAGGUCCUUGCAGGUGGUCGAGGACGUGGGUACUUCAAGGAGAAUGGUUUCCAAGGCGGCGUCCAUAUCGUCAAGAACCCGAUUGAGGCUAAAGACUUGGCCUCCAGAAUGAUUGGCAAAACUCUCUCUCGAAAAGGAAGACUCCGUUUAUCGAAAUUCGAGAGGUUUAAGAUAGCCUCAGAGAAGUACUUCGCCAUCCUCAUGAACCGUUCCUUCGGUGGGCCUGUUAUGGUCGGGUGCAAGUAUGGUGGGAUGAGUAUAGAGGAUGUUGCUGCUGAACACCCCGACGCCAUCAUCAAGAUACCAGUAGACAUCGAUAAUGGAAUCUCCGAUGGUGAGGCCAGGGAGAUGGCCGAAAAGAUCGGUUUCGAGGGUGAAAUCGUUGAUGAGGCUGUCAUUGCUAUUAAGGCUCUCUACCAGACAUUCCGCUAG